AUGCAGUACCUGUCGAGUAUUGCGGAGAGAAAUAUACCCAAGCUGGGAAGUGGCACUUCUGUCCGCGGCGAAGUGGUGGGUCUUGACCGCGGCCAACCCUUUAGAGUACUCUAUGCCAUGCAACCCCGCAAGGAUAAGGGUGAUUUGUUUUAUUGGAUGAUUUGGGGUGCUGGCAAAUUAUCAGGAAGCCAAUAG